AUGGGAAGCAAGCUUGCACACACCCUUUUCACCCUCGCGAGCGUGGGGGUCCUCGCCUCCGCCCAGCUCGCCGUAGACACCACGCCCGUGACGGCCGCCGCCUCCGUCGAGACCGUCUCCAUGAUCGACGCAUCAGGGCUGCCCAUCACGACCGUCUCCGACGCCGGCGACAACGCCUGGUACAUCCCUCUAACGGGGCCCGCCAGCGCCGCGACCGCCGCGUGGGGCGCAAACGUGCACAUGCACAGCGACGCCGCCGCGCUGCUCCCCAUCACCUUCGGCACAGCACCAGCACCCACCAGCACACCCACCGUCCACACAACCCGAACCCUCUCCCAGGAAACCAGCGCCUUACCCACGGCAACUGUCUCCCCAAUAGGCACGCCCUCCGGCGACGAAUCCACGACCUCCACCCUCGAAAUCCCUCUGAACCCCGAAGCAAACGCCCUCCUCCUGGGCGCCGACACAGCCCUCACCAUCUUCAGUACCGUCAUCGCGACCGCCGAGAACCCGACGAACAUCAGCACCACGAACCUGACCACCCUCCCCGUCGGCAUGAACCUAGGCUUCGGGUCCCACUGGCCCGGGGCCCUGGUUUUCGGCGGCAACUACGACGCGAACCGCAUCUGGAACGAAUCGCACUGGCAGACCACCCCGGAAACCAGCGCGGGGAAUGGCAGCUUCGCCCAAACCGGCACGCAGCUCCUCGCCAGCGGCGUCCAGCUGAAACUCUACCCCACGCCCAACCUUACGGGCGACACAAACACAACCUACUACCCCUUCGACACCUCCUCCAACCCAACAACCACCUCCACAACCCUCCCCGCGACCCUCAACUUCACCGCUGAGACCCUGACCGUCCCCGACGCGAGCUUCUGCGAUCGCAACUUCACGGUGGUCUUCAACCCAGCCAGCGCGACGUACCCGCUCUUCGGGAUCCCCAUCUGGGCGGAUCUGGUCCCUGCGGGGUCGCGGUGCGUGGUGGGGAGUGGUGGGGACGAGAUCAUCCUGGGGAGGCCGUUCUUCCAGGCGGCGUAUGUGUACGUCACGGACGUGGGGGAUUUGUAUUUUAGUUCGAUUCGGCGGGAUGGUUCGGUUGGGGUGGCGCCGAGGGAGUUUGAUCUGCAUGCUGUGUUGGGGACCGGGGGGGGCGGUGGGGAUGUUUAUGCUAACGCGACGGCGGAGGAGGCGGGGGCGAAGGCGAGUGCGGUUUCGGGGGCGGGGAGGGUUGCUCCUAUUAUGAGUAGCAGUGCUUGGGGGGGGGUGGUGCUUGUUGUUGGGGUGGUGGUGGUGGGGUGGGCUGUUUAA